AUGGAGAAGAGGUCACGCUCACCCGAGCCGGUGCCAGCGCCCUCCACCGUCGAAGCGGCUGCUACUGCACCAGAGGCCACCGCUUCCGAGGUCCCUGUCGACGCUCAGCCCAGCGCCAAGAAGGCUAGGAUGGAGGAGCCCGACAACACCCCGGCUGUGCCGAUCGCAGACGCCACCGACGCUGAUGCACCCACUGCGUCCGCAGGUGCCGCCGACCAACCUGCCCCCGCCACCUCUGCCUCGGGCAUCCGGCUCGGACACAUGACCGAGGAGCGCGCAGGCAUGACGCAGUACAUCAACCCGGACCUCCCGGCAUUCGAGGGCAUCAUCAAGCAGCGCUUCACCGACUUCAUGGUCAACGAGAUCACGCUCGGCCCCGAACACACUGUGUGCCGCAUCACCAGCCUGGACCCGCCCGAGGGAAAGCUGCUCCAGGACCUCCGGCGGGCCAGGGGAGAGAUUGACGAGGCUGAGAUCCAGCGACAGGAGGAGGAGGCGGAGAGGAAAAGGCAGCAGCAAGAGGCAGAGGCCCAGGACACCACCUGGCCGCACGAGGCCGACGACCAGCUCAGCCCCUACUUUACGCCGGACACCCUCGCAGCACUGCGCAAGAUGUGGGAAGAAGGCAUCAAUCCGCCCCAAGCCGCUGCAGCAGCUGGAGAAGAAGCCACACCAGCAGAGAGCGCUACUGCUCCCGACGAACAUGCCAAUUCGGAAGAGACAGCCGCCACUGCUGCUCCGGCAGAGCAGGGCGACAGUCAGGCGCGCCCCGCGAGGCAGGCCGGCCGGAAGUCCAACGUGGUUCAGGACGACCGCAAAGUGCUCUCGCGUCCCCUGUCGUCCAAGGCCGAGCGCACGCAGGCCCAUGCGGUCUUCCGGGAGCUCUUCCACGGCAAGCUGGCCACCGAGUCGAUCGCGCUCGCAAACGACAAGCAGGACGACGAUGAAGAUGCGCAGGCCAACGCCGCCGCCGCCUCUGGCGAUGCGAGCGCUGCUCCGAAGGCCGAGACCUUGUUUGCCGUCGCGGUCAAGUGGGCACGUCGCUCGGAUCGAAGGAACAAGGAGUUGCUCGACGAAGAGGCGUUCAACUCUCCGCCCUACAUCCACUUCUACCUGCAGAAGACGAACCGAGACCACCAGGAGGCCAUGGUGCUGCUGGCGCAGGCGCUCGGCCUCGGCGGUGGUCCCAACGCCCCUCGCAGCAAGGGCGCGUCGGGCACCAAGGACCUCAGCGUCGCAGGUACCAAGGACAAGCGCGGCGUCACGGUGCAGCGGGUCGCGCUCAAGCGCGGCCGGAAGACGCUGGACGAGGUCUGGAAGCUGAGCCGGGGCGAUCGAGGCCUGCGCGUCGCGCACCUGCGCUACGCCUCGGAGCCGUUCAAGCUGGGCCAGCUGUCGGGCAACGAGUUCACCGUGACGCUGCGCAACGUCAAGGCGCCCGGCGGCGACGAGUCGGUCAUCCACAAGGCGAUGCAGACGAUCCGCGAGCGGGGUUUCAUCAACUACUACGGCAUGCAGCGCUUCGGCACGGGCUCGGUGCCGACGCACGAGUUUGGCGUGCUCAUCUUCAAGGGCGACUACCGGGGCGCCGUCGAGCUGCUCUUCGAGGAGCGCGACAGCGACGGCGACGAGAUGCGCGAGGCCAAGCGCCUCUACCGCGCAGGGCGGGUCGAGGACGCGUUCCACGCGGCGCCGCGCAACUGCGUGGCGGAAAAGGCGGUGCUCGACAAGAUGCGCCGGCGCAACUUUACCGCGGGCGACUACCUCGGCGCGUUUGCCAACAUCCCGCGCACCCUCCGCCUCAUGUACAUCCACGCCUUCCAGUCGUACAUCUGGAACCGGCUCGUCUCGGAGCGCAUCCGCAGAUUUGGCCCGGACAGGCCUGCCGUGGGCGAUCUGGUGCUGCUCGACGGCGACGAUGCCGACGAGGGUGGCGAUGGUGGUGCCGACAACGAUGGCCAAGGCGAAGGCGAGGGCGAAGCGGAGCAGGAUGGCGUGGCCGACGGCGAGGUCGACGGGCCUGCCACCAAGCCCACGUCGUCGUCCGCCACCAACGCCACCACGACGACCGCCGGGACGCCCGCAUGGAAGCGACCGGCCAAGGUGCUCACGGAGUCGGACAUUGCGACGGGGAGCUACAGCAUCCACUCGGUAGUGAUGCCGCUGCCGGGCAUCGACAUCACUUUGCCGAGCGGGUGGAUGUCGGAGCUGUACGACAGCCUGCUGUCCGAGUCUGGGCUCACGCCGGCCGACCUGACGCAGAGCAAGCAGGAAGAGUACCGGCUGCGCGGCUCGUACCGCAAGAUGAUCCAGCUGCCCCGCGACUUUUCCUACUCCCUCGUCCGGUACACGGAUCCCGACGUUGCGCUGACGGUGGCCGACGAGGAUCGGUGUCUGGGCCUCUUGCCGGAGGGGUCUGAGGUUGAUUCGGAGCCGCAGCCGCAGCAGCAGCAGCAGCAGCAGCAGCAGGCGGAGGAGGCCGUGACACAGACUGAGGUUGGCGGCGAAGCCGAGAGCCGCAACGACGUUGCCAGCGACCAAGCUGCCGAUCCCGCCAACGCGGUUGGUACGGAAUCGACGCCGAGCAACGACGCAGACGCAUCCACCGUUCCAGACCCUGCGACAGAGGCAGACGCAACGACUGCGACGACGGCAACAACAACGACGACGACGACGACGACGAAGACGCCGCGCGAUCCGUUCCUGGCGCUGCUGCUCAAUUUCAAGCUGCCGGCAUCGGCGUACGCGACGAUGCUGAUGCGCGAAGGGCUCAAGAGCGACACGUCGUCGUUCAAGCACCGCCUCAUGACGCAGUCGAGCGAGGACCAGGCGUACAAAGGCGGACGUCGAUCCGCACCCCCCCGUGGUGAUGGCGGUGGUGGUGGUGGUGGUAGAGGUCGUGGUGGCGGAAGAGGUCGAGGUGGAAGAGGAGGAAGGGGAGGAGGGGGGAGGGGGAGGAGGAGGGAGAGGAGGAAGACAGCAGGGUGGCGUCAACGGUAUUACCAGUGGCAAGCGUCUCGCGGCAAGGGUGGUGGCAAAUGA